AAAAAAUCCUGUGGACGGAGGGGAGGCUGCAAGCGAAGUGGCGGAUUCUGCGUCGAUCCGUCCGUGACACUUUGCGCGGGUCAGUUGGGCUCGGGUUGCACAGGAAGCGAUUGUGCGUGCUGUAUACCAGACGGCGGCGGCGACGUGAAGCCCGGACUGGAACCGUGGGUGGUGUACGUUAAGGUGUCCGAGGAGGAGCCGACGUAACUGCCUCGCGACCGCCUUGGGCACGCGGGAGGUCGUGACCGCCGGGCACUGCCUCUUCAACCGCGAGAGGUUCCUCAUGCGCGCCAAGGAGGAGGUGGAGAUCCUCACCGUCGCCGAGGACGGCAGCACCAGGGCCUUCCAGGUGGACGCGAUCUCCCUGCACCCGGAGUUCGACUUCUUCAACGCCAGCUUCAACGUCGCCCUCCUCCACCUCGCGGAGGACCUCGAGGGAGUCGGCGAAGGCGUCUCGGACUUGUGCCUGCCGGAGGACGCCAGUUCGACGUUCGAGGGGCAGGUGGGCAGCGUGGCGGGAUACGCCCUCGAUGACAAGGGCAAUCGCAUCGACCCUGAGACGCCGAUAGAAACCCAGAUGUCGAUCCUGCCGCCCAGCUGCGAGGGGAAGCUCAUCGACUGCUGGGAAAUCACGUCCCACAUGCUCUGCGCGGUCAUGGACGGCGGCGACGCGUGCCUCGACAACGCAGGAGGACCUCUGACGGUGAGGGACGGCGAGCGACACGUCCUGGUGGGGAUCUCGUCCUUCGGGAGGGACUGCAAGGACCCGAGGACGCCCAAGGUGUACGUCCGCGUGUCUGAGUUUCUCUCGUGGAUUAGCGAGCAAGUUGGUGACACUUCGCUUUGCAAAAGGGAUCGGUAACUGCUGUUCCUCGCGGAAAUGACAUUCGGAAAUAAUGAAAAAUCAAGAGAAAUGUAUGAAUGAAGACGAAUAUGACAAGGGAUACGAAGAAGAUAACUGCAAUAUGGGAAAACGUAGAGAUAGAUUUAUGAAUUAACGGUCAAAUAACAAAGUUAUACAUGUACAUGUCUUCAUAUAAACGUAUGAAAUCAUCAACAGAAAUCUUAAUAAUGAUGUGAUAUUCAGACACUAAUUACAGAUCUUACAUUCUCUUCUCUAUCUCAGUUCAAAAGGUUUCCUGUGGUAGCAGAGGCAAGAUUUAUUUUAGGCUCGUAGCUAUCGACCCGAUCGGGGAUGAAAAAAAACAAGGAGAAUAACCAUUC